UAAGAGCACGUGUAUGUGUGUGCGUGUGUGUGUGUGUGUAUGUAUGUAUGUGUGUGCGUGCGUGCGCAGGGGGUGGAUAACUGGCCAGUGGAUGAGAGAGGAGGCAGCGGAGAGAAGUGGACCUGUACCGGCUGCUGGAUAUAUCUCCUUCCACCGGAUAAGUCAUUAUCGGGUCUUUCUGCUCCGGUUUAAGGUCUUAAAAGAAAGAAACACCGUGUUAUCAGCUACUUAAACGCUAAAUUCCCUGAUGGAUGCUGCCGGUGAAAGAUGACUUGACAGUUAAAACUCGCUCUACCUCUUUGCAUGAGACACCGUAGCGAUGUUUAAACCCCUGUGCGCAUAGCUCUCUCCCCUCGUUGCUCUGCCACCGUGGACUUACCGAUUGCUUUCAGUUUUUGCCGUUGAAGGAGCUGUUGUCUCUGAGACCGAGAUGACGGAAAUCAGCGAAAAGGAGAACGAACCACAAAACCGGGACCUGCACCGAUCGCAUGCUACAGUUCCCUGCCAGCCCGAAUCAAAGUUGCAGCGGUUGAAGCGCUCCCUGUCCUUUAAAUCAGUCAUGCGCAGCAAGAGUGUGGACAACUUUUUCCAGCGCAGUAACGGCGAAUCCCGCCCUCCCUCGGCCCUCAUCACCACGCCCCCUCCCCCGCCGUCACCUCCCCCCUUCUCUGAAUCCCCCCUGGCCUACGAGCGCUCUCCCUCCCAUUCCCCGUCUGUCAGUCCAAACCCCUCAUUGUCAUCACACUCGCCUUCUGUCAGUCCCUCGCUGUCUGUGACUUCCAAAACCCAGCUAAAGUCUCAGGCCCAGCCGGUGCAGCCGGUCAAGACCCACUGUUUCCAAGAGCACGUCUUCCGUAGGCCUACCAGCUGCCAGCAGUGCAAACACAUGAUCCAAGGGAACUCCAAGCAGGGGCUGCGUUGUAAAGCCUGUAAGAUGGCGGCCCACCUCUGGUGCUCGUCCGAGCUCUCCCAGCAGCCCUGUAAUGGCAAGACGGGAGCUUUCAAGAGAAACUUCAGCUCUCCUCUGCUAACCACUGAAGUGUUGGGUGUGGUCAGAGAGGCUCCUGCUGCCCAGGAGGCAGAUAAUGGCAUUGUUGACCCCGUGUAUGAAGCACUGCGCUAUGGGACAUCGCUGGCUCAGAUGAGUCGCUCCAGCUUCAGCAGUAUCUCAGAGUCACCGUGUCAUGAGGUGGAAAAACUACAAGACAAACUAGAAAACCAGCCAAUAGCUGAAGAGGAGCACAUCCCAGGCAUGCUCACCCCUCCUGAAAGCGAGAAGGCUGAUUCAGAAGACAGGGUCAGCCUGAAGACUCCAAAGAGAGUAGAAGUUCACUCCGUCCACACCUAUGUGGCUCUCUACAAGUUCCUGCCUCAGGAGAAGAACGACUUGGAGCUACAGCCUGGUGACAGAGUUCAAGUCACAGAUGACGCCAAUGAGGACUGGUGGAAGGGGAAAAGCAGAGACAAGGUGGGAUUGUUCCCGGCCAACUUUGUGCAGCGGGUCCGCCCUGGUGAGCGGGUGUGGAAGGUCACCGCUGGUUUCCACGGCAACCGAGACAAAGGCCAGAUGACUGUAAAAGAGGGCCAGAUCUGUGUGGGGAAGAACGAGGAGAUUGACGGUUUCCUCCGGCUGAGCAGCGGGAAGAAGAGAGGCUUGGUCCCUGUGACGUGUCUGCUAGAAAUAUGAUGGCGGCGCUCUUCUCUUUGACCCUCAGUUUGACAAAGAAGUUCACUACGAUGGAGGAAUACUCAGGAGUGUUUACCCAACACCUCACUGACCGCCAACCACCCACCUCCACCCCCUCCCGAAAAGUUGCAGUGAUUUAGCAGCUUGACGUGGACGACGACCCACAACUUUGCUUUUAACUGCAGACGAUUUUAAGAGGUUAAGACUUAAAAGAUGGGACGGGGAGGGGGCUCCUUCAGAGUCCUUUUAGAGCUACUUUUUCCUGUAGCACAACUUUACUUUGUGUGGUUUUAUACACACACACAACAGAAAUGUAGCAUCGUGUUGAAGAGGAUAGUGUGCAGGAAGUCUGGCUACCUCACUAGCCAUUUCCAUUGGCCACCUGUCUGCGAAAAAAAGGGAAAGGACUACCUUACUAUGAUGUCAAGGCGUGUCCAAGCCUAAGGGACUUCGUGACUGUCUUCAUUUCAUUGUUUGUGUGUUAGAGAAAAACAAGACAUAAGAGAUUGUGACAGAGUGUAGCUGUUUAUCAUAGUGGCUUGUGCAAACACUUUUUGGUUGGUUGUUCAAAACCCUAAAAGAGAUUUGGUUUAGUGGAUUCAGAUGACGGUGACGAUCCGGUUUUAUAUGUGCAAACAUGCACCCCACAAAGUGCACACGUCCGCUGUUGUAAUAUGGAUUCAUGAUGUGCAUAUGUGUCACAAAAUGAUUCAGGUAUUACAUUGUGUGUAUGUAAAAACAACAACAACAACAAAAACAAAGUCUCUCUCUGCUACAUCUUGGUCAAAUGAAAGUCACAAUCACACACACACACACACACACACACACACACACACACACACACACACACACACACACACACACACACACACACACACAAACAUAGUGAGGUUUCUGUAUUUCAGACUGCUCUCCAGUGAUUAGAUUACUGUACAUUUGUGCUCUUCACAGUUCUGAUGUGACAAAUGCUUUCCAUGCACCUUGGGGAGCCUCUUUCUCAGUAUGCCCUUCAAUCACUCUUUACACACACUAACACAAAUAUUUUUAUAGUCCACUCCGUUCCACUCUAAAAUCCACCACUGGAAUCUGCUUCCUGUCAUUAUAUUCUCAGCAGUGUUUAUCUGUAUGUAAUGUCCUGUAAUAUUCGCUGUCACAUCUGGUUGUGUACUACGACAUGAGGAUGGUGCGCUGUCUUUGACUUUCUAAUGUGUUUUCUUUUUCUUGCAUGAAGGAGUAGAGCAAAGAAAUACUGUAAUUCAGGAUGAUGGAUAAAAAAACCAAACUCAGUGUUGUUUGUCAAAAACAGUGGUGAAGGCUGUCAAACUUUCGGUCUCUCAGAGGGUCAUGUUCCAAACUUAAGCUGUCAGAAAUUUGAUGACUGGCUAAUGUUUCUCCCAGCACACAUGAUUCAUUUUGAGUAACUCUGAGGGACUGUUAUUUGAGGCGAUACAAGGCAAAAUCACCACACCAUUUGAUUUAUUGCUCUGUCAUUAAAAACCAUAAGGCAGUGACAAACUGCCUUUGUUGUGGCAAUAACUGUAAAUAAAAAUAUGACAGUAUUUGUAAAUAUCCUUAUAAAGAUACUGUAUAUAUUGGCUCUGAAUAGCACUCUGACCAAGAGGUUUGCAGCUAUCCAGGAGCCAACAAAGGGCAUUAACUUCACAGUAAUAAAUUACAGGAGAUUAUUGUUUAUUGUCCCAAUUACCAAUGUAUGCAUCAUUUUGCUCAAUUAACAUCUAGCCCUGUCAGCACAAAUCUUUUCAAAUACUAUGCACAACAGUUCUAGUCACUCACUUUAUUUUGUACUCCGCUUAUUUCCAGCGUAGCCACAAACACACACGUGUCAGUGUAUACCUGUGCUUUUGCAAAGAUUUGAAUUUGGACUCCAGCUUUGGGAGUACUGCAGCUUUUACAGAGCAUCCAUCUUGGAUCAGUCUGCACCAUACUAAUCCUAAACAUUACCUUCACUGGCUAGAACCAUGAUUGGCUCAGGAUCAGUAUUACCCAGGAGAAAUACCUUUCUCACCUCAGUGCACACUACCAGGCUAGUUCUUUGCAUGGCUAGCUGCCCUUUGAUCCUCACAUCUCUCAAUAAAGUCAGAUGAACUGUCCAA